AUGAUCUCCAUCAAGACCCUCACUGCCGCGGCUGUGCUGCUCGUCGCUCCCGCUCUCGCCGUGGAGAACGCCAAGCGCGAGCCCAUCUACGUCCCCGUCGCCGGCAUUAACAUCGCCCCCGGGGUUCUCGAGAACCUCCUCCACGGCGCCGGCGCCGGCAAGCGCGGUCUCCUCGACGGUGUUGUCCCCAGCAACGUCGCCGGCGGUGCCUCUGGAGGCGUCCUCGGCCCCGUGGUCGACCUGGUCGCUAACAAGGGCCUGCCGGUGCCCGGUGCCAAGCGCGAUGUUGGCGACAAGGCCAAGCGUGAGCCUCUCUACGUGCCCGUCGCCGGCAUCAACAUCGACCUGGACGUCCUGAAGGACAUCCUUGGUAAUCUCGGCAAGCGUGGCCUGCUCGACGGUGUGCUUCCUGGCGGUGCUGCCGGCGGCUCCAACCCUGCCGGUGGUGUGGUCGAGACUGUCACUGGCGUUGUUGGCAGUGUCACCGGCGGCCUGACUAAGGGUGGCCUGCCCAUUCCUGUGCCUGGCGCGAAGGCCAAGCGCUUCGAGGCUUAA